GCUAUGUCCCGGCCGGGUGCGCUCUAAUAAUAGAGGAGGCUGCCUGCUCCUUUAAGAGCCCACUUGUCGCAUACUCUUCAGAAUACAUUGUAACAAAAUGGUUAUCAAAGUAUUCCUCGCCACCUCGUCGGGAUCCACGGCGAUCAAGAAGAAGCAACAGGAUGUGGUUGGCUUCUUGGAGGCUCUUAAGGUGGACUACACUCAGCUGGACAUUGCCUGCAAUGAGGACAACCGCAAGUGGAUGAGGCAGAACGUCCCCGAGGAGAAGAAGCCCGCCAAUGGCAUCCCCCUCCCACCCCAGAUUUUUAAUGAAGACAGCUACUGUGGGGACUAUGAGACAUUCUUCGAUGCUAAGGAAGACAACUCAGUGUAUGCCUUCCUGGGGCUGCCCCCUCCUCCAGGCUCAAAGGAAGCAGAGUCUGCUGAGAAGGCUCUCAUUGUGGAAAACGGGACCCACGCUGAAGAAAACGCUGAUGACUCAAUAGAGGUCCCAGUGGAGGAGCGCAACGGGGACGCGCACGGAGAGGAGGAGGACGGUACGCAGGCAGCUGAUGAGGAGGAAGGUGAGGGUGGCGAUGCGGAGCGAGCAGAGGAAGAGGAGGCUGCAGACGACGGAGCCGCCGAGGGAGAAACAGCAGGAGACGAAGCCCCCGCAGAGGAGGAGGAGGAGGAGGAGGGGGAGGCAGUGGAAGAGUCAGACGAGGUCACAGAAGACACACAGGCCCAAGUAGAAGAGGAAGAAGAACAGGAAGAGGAUUUGCAGUCUGAGGAGGAGGAAGAGCUACGACAGCUUGAGGAAGAAGAAGAGACUGAAGUACAAGAGGAAGAAGAAGAGGAAGGAGUGGAAGAAACACAGGAGGAAGAGGCUGAGUAGGUGAAGCCAGACAGUCCCUCUGAGGUUGACUCUACUGUUGUUCAGCCCGCAAGUGUCCCCUCGUUCUGCCUCUCCCUGACCCAAAGCUGCACUGGAACCUGCUGGAAACCAUGCGCUCCAAGGCGCCAUCUCAACUGAAAAGUCCUACGACCCACAUAUGCCCUCCGCUCCUUCCCCCAUUUUGACUGCAAUGUUGACUUAAUUUUUAUAUUUUUGAGUGUAGAGACAUACUGUAAUGAAAAAGCUCAGAGUACUUUAGUGGUGUUGGUUUGGUUGUAAUGAGUAGCUUUUGUAAAAUGUUCUAUUUUGUUAAGUGCCAACAUAUUUCUCAUGUUUUACUUUUAGGAAAUUAACCUUUUGUAACACAGAAGCGGUGGCCUUGGUAACCUAGGCAUACUUUAGCUGGUGGCUCCUUGCAAAACACCCUGUCUAUAAAGUGUCUUCUUUUAUUCCGAUAUCGUGCCUUCUUCUAUCAGCUGAAUGUAUUAGAGUAAAGCGAGACUUCUGAUGGCCACAUGAGAAAGGAAAUAUGCGCAUACUGCAAGAGUGCAAACUACUCCACCACCACUACAACUACUUGUGCCGAUACUGCUGUCUAAUCAAUGCACUUUGUUGAACGAAGCUUGAAGCAUGUGGCUAAGACUCGGAUCCAUUGAAAAAUGGAAUAAACUAGACUUUUAAAAA